CUACAACACCCCUGCGACUUUUCAGCGGACCAUGAACAUGGCUUUUCAUAAUUUCGUACGGAAGACUCGUCUGGCGCAGAGCAUCAUCAACUACUGCGUGAUUGUGUACAUGGAUGACAUCCUGGUGUAUUCGAGUUUCUACGAGGGACACGUGCAGCACAUCGAAUGGGCCCUGCAUGUGUUACGAGAUGCAGGUUUCAAGGUGGCGCUUGAGAAGUGUCAGUUUUUCCUCACCACCAUUUCCUUUCUGGGGCACGUGGUGACAGACAAGGGACUCCAACCGGAGCCGCAGAAGGUGGCAGUUGUCAGGGACGCGCCGGUGCCCACGACUAUCACGCAAGUUCGCGCCUUUCUGGGCCUAGCCUCGUAUUACCGAAGAUUUAUCAAGGGCUUCACGGCGAUUGCGGGACCCCUCACAAAUCUGUUGCGCAAGGAUCAGCCGUUGAUCUUGACGCCGGAGUGCGAUCAAGCGUUUUCCAAACUCAAGGCUGCUCUCAUUUCGGCUCCGGAUUACUCGGGCAUGAUCAGGCGAUGGGCAGCGGUGUUGCAGAGCAUGGACUUUGACAUCCGCCAUCGGAAGCACGAGAGACACGGGAAUGCGAACAGACUGACACGUCUGCACCGACCUGAGAAAGUUCCGAAGAAUGAGGAGUGGAUCGCGGGCUUGGAAGAACCUAGGGACGAGGAUACGCUACCAUCACGGCAGGAGUAUCUGAAGUCGUACGAGAUCAUCCCGCACACCUUCUAUCCGAGGGCAGAGGAAGUGGUGAUCGACGACGACGACGAGAAAACAUCGGAGGAGGGAAGCUAUAGUGAACAUAGCGAGGGUGAGCUGAGUGAGGAAGAAGAAGAAGAAGAAGAAGAAGAAGAAGAAGAAAAAGAAGAAGAAGCCGGGUACGAGUGGGAAGCCUUGCCGGAGGAAGCAACGCGCACGGGAACGGAGGCGGAAGAUCCGGAAGCGGUGCGAAAGCGCGAAGAAAUUGCCACCGGGAAGCGCCAGCUGGAGUUCGCCAGCGAAGCUAGCCUGCGCAUCAGUAACGAUCCGACUAGGGAUCCAAAGCCGCCAGAGCCGAAAGAUGGUGACCCUGCAACCGCCACCUCAAGUACCGCGCGACGGAGAAGGAGUCGAUCCCCCUCCUCCUCCAGCCCCACCCGUCCCCCUAUUCGCCCACGUACCGAUGCGGGCGAUAGGCCUUCGUCCUCGGACGCUGUCCCGCCGACCCCUUGAUUUCCUCACCCUCGAGCAGAUCCGUACCCCCGUCACCUUCCCUUCCCAUCCUUUCCAUCCCCAUCUCUUCCGCGACUUCUAUUCUACCCGUCUACUUGCCACCGUUCACCCCCACGCCUCCCUUCAAUCUGCUGCCCCCACGUUCUGCUGGCAUCUCCUGCUGUUCAGCGCUGCAUGGGAGCGAUGCAACGUAGUAGAGGUUUACUGCGUUGCCACGGGGACAAUCCCCGCUUGCCGCCACUUCGAGAUCUUUCGAGCGGCGCUCUUCCGCACCCUUUCCUUCUUCUACCGCGACUACCUCGCUUCCCUCCCCCGCAGCGGCGCCCCACUUCCACCACAUCAUCCGAUAUAAGGAGCUCCCGGUAACGAUGGAAGGAAUGAAUCGCUUCCUUCCCC